AAAAAUAGUAGGAGUACUAAGAAAAGAGAAAAAAACGAAAUACAUAUGGUUUCCCAACGACGCCGUUUACUUCAGCUCGAACUGACUCGGAAUCAGUGAAAAUAUAAUCAAAUUUCUUCCUCGACUUCGAAUUCCAUCACAGAAUUCGCGAUAAAAUAAUCGAGAAGAUGUCUAGGUUUCGUGGAUUGUGGCAAGCUUCCGUUAAUGCUACUAAAAGAGCUCUUUUGUGGAGACCUGAAGACUUGCUUCCUCCAAGCGAACGAUACAUCUUUAAGUUUGACUCGAAGGAGGAGCUAAAGCGAUGGCAUUUGUAUGCAGAUUCCGAAUUUAAUGGUUUGUCGUCAGCUUCACUGCAGAUACAAGAGUCCACCAAUGGAUCAAGUGGCACUGGUGUAUUCUCUGGAAACCUUUCCUUGGAUGUCAGCAAAGGUACUAAGUGGAAUAUAAGUAGAAGCGGAUUCUGUGGAAUGAGAUCUAAGAAGUUUGGUGGCUUCAUCGAUCUUGAUGGGUAUGACACGUUGGCCCUAAAAGUUAAAGGAGAUGGGCGAUGCUACAUUUCCACUAUUUAUACAGAGAAUUGGGUGAAUUCUCCAGGACAACAAGAAGAUAACUCGUGGCAGGCAUUUGUUUAUGUGCCUAAGGACAACUGGUACAUUGCCAAGAUCCCCCUUGCUCGAUAUCUACCAACAUGGCGGGGCAAUGUGAUAGAUGCAGAGCUCGAGAUGAAUCCAUCUCGCGUAGUUGGCAUGUCUCUCUCGCUAAACGCAGAAGGCGGAAUCCCAGGCUCCGUCACCGGCCCAGGUGAUUUUCGAGUCGAGAUAGACUGGAUCAAAGCUCUCAGAACGUUGAGUUAGUCCGUUUCUGGUUGCGAUGAGACAAAAUAGACACAAUUCAGUUUUGCUCUUACUAACUGCUAUUUUGAAUCUCUGCCGUGUCGCCGAUUACUUGUGAAGAAAUAUCAAAAUUGAGUGGUUUCUAAUUAUAUACAAUGAAAAGAGGACGGUGGGGUUUAUUCUUUGUGGAUACUACAA